UUAGCUGAGGCCGAUAUGUAUAGGAUUCUGUUUAAAUUAUCAUUCCUGCCAUUGUUGUGUAACAAGAAAGAUCCGUUUGCUCUUCCUAAAAAGACAACGCUAAACCAGCCUUUCAUUUCUAACUCCUUGAAAUUCGGAGAAAUUAAGGAAGACGCCAUGACUAGCACCAGUAACUUCAAUGUCUACAACAUCAACAUGAUGAGCUUUCUCCUUCUUGUUUCUCUCAUCAUUGUCUCAUAUUCACUCACCAUCUCCUUGGCUUUCGAGUCCGAAGUUGAGGAUGAAACUCAAUUUACGUAUGAAGAAGGAACUGAAAAGGGGCCAAAGAACUGGGGAAAGAUCAAUCCACAUUGGGAAGCUUGUGGUAAAGGAAAAAUGCAGUCUCCUAUUGAUGUUCUUGACAGAAGGGUGGAAGUUUUUCCGAAUUUAGGAAGGUUGCGUAGGGAUUACCAAGCAGCUCCUGCAGCUGUGAAGAAUAGGGGACAUGACAUUACAGUGAUUUGGAAAGGAGAUGCAGGAAAAAUUACAAUUAAUGAUACUGAUUACCAACUGCAGCAAUGUCAUUGGCAUUCACCCUCAGAGCAUGCAUUCAAUGGUACAAGGCAUGACCUGGAGCUUCACCUAGUUCACUAUAGCUCUCAGGGAGGGAUAGCUGUUGUCGCAAUUGUUUACAAAUAUGGUCGGCCUGAUCGCUUCCUUUCAAAGUUGCUCCGCCAUAUAAACCAUGUUGACCAUAGAGAGAGAGAGAUGGGGAUCGUCAACCCAGGAGAUAUCAAAUUUGGGAGCAGAAAGUAUUACAGAUAUAUCGGUUCUCUCACAGUUCCUCCAUGCACUGAAGGUGUUGUUUGGACAAUAGUCAAGAAGGUCAGGACAGUUUCAAGGGAGCAAGUUAAAGCAUUAAGAGAUGCUGUUCAUGAUGGAUUCGAGGCAAAUGCAAGACCAGCUCAACCAUCGACUGGAAUUCCAAUGUACGAGUACAGUCCAAGACAGAAUGGGGCCUCUACCUAGUAGUAAUAUAAACUGAAGAGAAGAAUUUAAGAGGCCUUCACAGCGCGACUUUUGCAUGCCAUUUAUUCAGAUGGCAAUUUAUUUCCCUUAUAUAUACAUUUCAAAUUUCAAGCCUGUUUAUCCUGGUGAAGAACUCAGGCAAGUUGUUGUGGACGUUUUUGAGAUUAAUAAAUGAAGACUCUUGAGCUAUCAAGAAUUAUAUCCA